UCGAAGAGGCAGAGGUCCGAUGAUCUACCGGCGAGCUCCGGCGAGGGGCAGAGGAGAAGGGCUGUUGACGGCGGCGUACAGAGAAGAGCUGUUGAAUGCUGAAGCUUUUGAAAUUAGGUUUACAAUGGAAAGGUGGGAAAAAGAAGAGGAAGGGAAUCCGUCGCCGCUGCUCUUCGCCACCGCCAUCACUGGUCUUCGUCAUUCAGUCCUCGCCGCCAAAUCUCGCCACUCCUCUUCCUUGCAAGCGUCGCAUCGUCUGCCCAGUCCCUCAACAAGCGUCGCAUCAUCACACUCUCGCCCUCCUUGCUGCUGCCGCCGCAACGACGGCGUCCUCCACAUCUGUUACUUCCACAUCGUCGCAUCGUUGCACUCUCCUCCCUCUUUGUUCUUCUACUCUUAUUACUUCUAA